AUUUUGACAGGUCUCCCAGGAUGUGCUGUUUAACUAUGUAAAGCUAAAGAAGUGGAAGAAGUCACCAUUUUGACAGGUCUCCCAGGAUGUGCUGUUUAUCUAUCUAAAGCUAAAGAAGAGGAAGAAAUCACCAUUUUGACAGACAGGUUUUAUUGAGAACAUUUAGAGGCCGCUAUGAAUGAAGACAAAGCAUUGAGAAGCCAGUGUCAAGAGAGAUCUCCCUGACUGAAAUCCACACAGGAUAUUAUAAAGUCACAGGAAAUACAAGUCUGGUGUCAGUCAUGUAUAGAUUGAUAUUACAGAAAUCUGUCACCGUGUCUGGGGUUAGUGGGUGUUAUCACAUUACCCACGUGUCUACAGACCGGGCCUGGAUCUGUGAUAGAGAAGGCAAUCUCAUCUUAACUAACACGACAGGAGACACACUAGAUCAAGUGACGGAUUUAGCUAAAUAUGGUGAUGGAGUACAUACUGUGACUCAAAAUGGUGCUGUGAUUUAUGUAGACAGUCACCUUAACAUCAUAAAACGAUCUAAAGAUAAAGUAAAGACGACACUGAUACCAAACACAUCACCAUGGAGACCAGUGUGUGUCUACAGCUCCCCCUCCACUGGAGACCUACUGGUCGGGAUGUCUUAUACUGAUACAAGGACAGGCAAGGUAAAGCGUUACACCAACACAGGACAACACAUACAGACCAUACCGCACGACAACACAGGUCAGGAACUGUGUAGAUAUCCUGGAUACAUCACAGAGAACCACAAUGGAGAUGUUAUUGUGUCUGACUGGGGCCGUGGUGCUGUAGUGGUGACAGACAGUAGAGGGAGACAUCGGUUCUCCUACAGACGUACUCCAUCAGGAUCAUGGCUAACACCACGUGGAAUCUGUACUGACGCGCUGUCACACAUCCUGGUGUGUGAUCCUAACACCCACACAGUACAUAUCAUUGACAAAGAUGGUAACUACAUGACAGAGAUAGAUACAGAACAACACGGGAUAAACAGACCAUUCGGCCUGAGUUAUGAUGACUUCACCCGCUCUGUCUGGGUAGGAUCAUACAACACCAACACAGUGAACAUCUACCGACUUAUCUAUGGAGGGGAGGAUCUGACUGAUCCAAGCAGUGAUGAUAUAAAUAAAGUGAAUGAGUUGAAGAAGUUUCUGAGAAAGGAGAAGACAACUGUUUCCCAUGCUAGAGGAAUACUUGUUGGAUGUGCUGAGGCUGGAAAAACGACACUGCUGAAGAGAUUAAGAGGGCAACAUCACAAUAUCAGCGAAAUUACAGAGUCCACGAGAGGACUUGAACUCCAUCAACAUCUCUUUAUUGUUAGAGAUGGAAUUCUGGAAGGUAAAAAUAAAUUCUGAUACAUAUUCAUAGCAUAAAUGACAGACAGGUCACUUUUUCAUCAGAAGAAGCAAACUUUAGUUUUUAAAGCCCACCUAAGCUGAAAGCUAAAGUGAGCUUUUCUGAUCAUCCAUUGUCCGUCAUCCGUCCAUAUGUAAUCUUUUUUAUUUGGAGGUGUGAGCAUCCCCUGCUGACCGAUCACAUCUGCUGUGUGCUCCUUGUCAUGAUCAGGAAAUGACAGAAAAAUUCAUCGUCAAUUCAGUGUAUAAAUAAUGGAGUAACAAUUAGUAUGAAAAACAUCAGUCAGCAUUUGUCUCCAUGAAAAAUUGUAUUUGCUGACAAGGUCAAAGUAAUGACCAUAGAAUUUAUGAAAUGAUGACUUUAAACAGAGAGUUUGAAUUGUAAAAAUUAAGGGCCAUGUCCUCAUACAAGGGGAGAUAAUCAAUGAAAGACAAAAAUAGGCUUCAUUCAUUAUAAAAUCUUCCUAAGAACCACUGGGUAAGAAAAGCUGGAACUUACGUGGAAGCAUCUUGGGGUAGUGUAAAUUCUACAUUUU